AUGGGAAGACGCAAGGAUUACAUGGACGAUGGGCAAGACUCUUCAGAUGACGAGGAAACUGGAAGAAUCAAUUUUGACAUCACCGAAGACGAUCUCGAUGCAGAAGUUGCUGGUUUUUCUGGGCAGCAACGCAACAGACGCCGGCAAGCACGAUUUGGCGAGAGCGACGACGAAGAUGACGAAGAAGACAUGCGUGGAGGUUUAGGAAGAGGUGGACUGGGCCUUGGCCCUUCAUUUUUGCCAGCGAAGAAAGCAUCAGAAACACCAGAAGCAUCACCUGUAAAGAAAGAUCCCGUCAAGGAGAAAGUGCGAAGCCGAUCCACCAUGAGUACACCACCUCCAGGCCCAGGAUUCGCACAAUUCAACAAGCACUCCAAGGGAUUCGGCCAGAAGAUGCUGGAAAAGAUGGGCUGGACUGUAGGCAAAGGUCUCGGUGCUGAGGGUGAAGGUAUCAUCAAUCCCGUGGAGACAAAAUUGCGUCCUGCUCGAAUGGGUUUGAGUUUUAGAGGAUUUGAUGAACGUACAACACAAGCCAAAAUGGAGGCCAAGGCACGCCGAGGCGAGAGUCCUAGCGAAGACGAAGAAGAUCAAGAGCAAGGGCCUAAAGGAAGGAGACGCAACGCCUGGAAAUCAGAUGUAUCACCCACGACUGCCAAGGAACAACAGAUUCAUCGAAAGAGAAAGCCAAAGACAAUCUACAAGACAGCGGCUGAAAUUCUAGCAGAAACCGAGCAACAAUACAUACCACCAUUACAGCAAAAGAUCAUUGAUAUGACAGGGCCUGGCGUCCGUGAGAUCAACUUGGCAGAUAUCAAACGUACAGAUUCACCGACCUUGAUGGAAGUGACGACUCGAUUACCCGAAUUGCGACACAACUUGCGAUUGAUGGUGGAUCUGUCGCGAGCAGAUUUAGAGAACCUAUCAAGGGAAAAGCAAGCAAACGUCUUUAGAAUGAAGUCUUUGCAAGAUGAAUUGGGCGCAAUCAGAGAAAACUUGGACAAAGACCAAGAGCAAUUACGAAAAUUAGAGCAACUCAAGAUGAUUACUAGUCAAUUGGAGCAGAUCAGCAAAGACGCACUUGCUACGGGUGCUUUUGAAACGGGCAACAUUACAGCUUUAUUUGGAGAACAGUUCCAAGUGCUAGAAAGAGACUAUAUAGACGAUGUCAAAGCGAUGAACAUUGAUGCACUGGUGAUAUCUGUAUGGGCGCCUAUCAUGAAGUACAAAGCAAUGAGUUGGAACGUUUUGGAGGAGCCUACGUGGGGCGUUGCUGAUGUCAAAAAGUGGAAAAUGCUACUGACAAAGAACGAUGAUAGUGAUGCAGAGAGAGGAUGGACUCGUAACAGGACACAAAAGAGUUUGAUUUGCACCCCUUUCGAGACAAUGAUGAAUACAAUUUGGCUAAACAAAGUGCGAAGCGCGAUCAAUAAUCAAUGGGAUAUUCACGACCCUGAUCCUCUUAUUCAGCUAAUGGAAGAAUGGGAACCCGUCUUACCGAGAUUCAUACACGAGAACAUCAUUCACCAACUCAUAUUACCCAAAAUCAGCCGAGCUGUCUCUGACUGGAAUCCUCGCACAGACCCCAUCAUGAUCCACACAUGGAUCCAUCCUUGGUUCCCCACACUCAAAGCAUGGCGCUUGGCAGAACUAUUCACUCAUAUUCGACACAAGCUCUCUGUUGUUUUGCGUCAAUGGCAUCCCUCUGACGAAUCAGCAUUGCAUAUCAUAUCACCUUGGAAAGAUGUCUGGACAGCAGAUCAACUAGAGCAGUUUACAUCGAAAUCCAUUCUACCGAAAUUAACGCUUGUCCUUCGAGAAGAGUUCCAAGUGGAUCCCAGAAACCAGAACCUGGAUGCGUUCAUCUGGUGCUUGGCAUGGAAGAACCUACUAUCGGAUACCGUGUUGGGCCUAUUGCUCAAGAAUGAGUUCUUUACCAAGUGGCAUGCUGUGUUGGUGCAAUGGCUGAAUUUAGACAUGUACAGUAUCAAUUAUGACCAAAUUAGCGACUGGUACCGCUGGUGGAGACAAGUAUUCGACGCCUACGGACUGGAUUCAAACAAGAUUGUAAUGCAAGAGUUUAGACGAGGCCUAGAGACCAUGAACAAGGCUUUGGGAGGAGAAGACCUUUACUCCAUGGGACUGUCAAAGGAUCAUUGA